AUUAUUUUUUGUCAAGAUUGUAAGACUAAUAAUUAGCGAAAUUAUCUUUUGAAAGAAAUUAGUGGAAUUGCUUAUUAAAUAGGUUAGAAUUUUUUUUUGGGACGAAUCAAAAUGCAGACAAAUGAAGAUAUUUGAGAGCUAUAAAAAAGCAGAAAUCUUAGUUGCGUGGGUUUAUUUAUCGGGUCUCUGCUCUGCUGAAAGCUGAGCUAAACACGAAGAUGGCAAAAAGCAGAUUAGUUACCGUCUCCGCUCUGCAAUUCGCUUGUACUGAUGAUGUUCCCACCAACGUCGAAACUGCCGAAAGGUUGGUUAGACAAGCUCAUAAGAAGGGGGCUAAUAUUAUUCUUAUACAGGAAUUAUUUGAGGGUUAUUACUUUUGUCAAGCACAAAAGGAAGUCUUCUUUCAUCGUGCUAAACCUCGUACAGAGCACCCCACUAUACUGAGGAUGCAGAAACUGGCAAAAGAAUUGGGAGUAGUCAUACCAGUUAGCUUUUUCGAGGAGGCAAACAAUGCACAUUAUAAUUCAGUAGUUGUGAUUGAUGCUGAUGGGACAGAUCUUGGGCUAUACAGGAAAUCCCACAUCCCAGAUGGGCCAGGUUACCAAGAGAAGUUUUACUUCAAUCCAGGUGACACUGGUUUUAAGGUGUUCCAAACUAAAUUCGCCAAGAUUGGAGUUGGUAUUUGCUGGGAUCAGUGGUUUCCGGAGGCAGCUCGGGCCAUGGUACUUCAAGGUGCAGAAAUAUUGUUCUAUCCCACUGCCAUUGGCUCUGAACCUCAAGAUGAAGGCCUAGAUUCGCGAGACCAUUGGAAACGGGUGAUGCAAGGCCAUGCUGGAGCUAAUUUGGUACCUUUAGUAGCAUCAAACCGCAUCGGUAAAGAAACCAUAGAGACUGAACAUGGCAAGAGUGACAUCACAUUCUAUGGGAAUUCGUUUAUAGCAGGUCCCACCGGAGAACUGAUUGCUAAUGCUGAUGAUAAAGAUGAAGCAGUUCUUGUUGCAGAAUUCGAUCUGGACAAGAUCAAAUCCAAGAGGCAUAGUUGGGGGAUAUUUCGCGAUCGACGCCCGGAUUUAUACGAGGUUCUUCUAACCUUAGAUGGCAGUAACAUUUCCCUUUGAUUCAAUAGAAACUUUGGCCUUGCUCUAUACAAAGAUUUAUGAUUUCUUUGUUUUUAGCCCCUCCUUACUGCGAAUCGCGAAACGAUGUUGUUUUAACAAUGUGACCUUUUUCAAUUAUUUAGUCAGCAGACUUAGUUUGAUGAAA